UCAAACAGUAAAGUUUCUCUGGACGCUCCAUGCAAACUGUCAGCUGAAGACAAACUGGGGAACGCUGUGGUCACCUCAACGUUAGGGCAGCAGCCAGGACAUUCAACAACAACAACAACAACAACAACAACAACAACAACAACAACAACAAGGGGAACAACAUCUAGCGGUCAGCACAGAGUCCACCACUCCACAGAUCCGCCUUCAAAUCCGAGACAGCACAAGGGAAUAAAAACAGAAACGCAGGAGUACCAGUGCAUCAGUGCAUCAGUGCCGGUGAGCAGUUGGGACCUGACAACAUUGGUGCAUAUUUGUGAGGACAAAAGACGGCUUGCAACCUGCUGCCCCUGCCUUCAAGGUGCCUUUACCAUGGUGACACUAAAAGAAUCAUACACUUUACAAUAAACCAGAGGGAAAACUCCUUGUCACAGUUGCAUUGCCUCACUUUCAGCGUAAUCUUGAUCACUUUGCUCCCAGGACAGUGCUGACCUGGUGCGGCCAUGCAUCUGGAGGUGAAGGUCGCCCUGAACUUCAUCGUGUCCUACCUGUACAACAAGCUGCCUCGGCGUCGAGCUGACCUGUUUGGCGAGGAACUGGAGAGGAUACUGAUGUCUCGUUUCGAGGGUCACUGGUACCCUGAAGCACCUCUCAGGGGCUCCGCCUUCCGCUGCAUUCACCUGGGAGCACCGAGGGACCCCGUGGUGGAGUUGGCGGCAAAGAGAAGCGGACUGGACACGGAGGAAGUGCGUGCAAACGUUCCCGCAGAGCUCAGCGUGUGGAUUGACCCUUACGAGGUAUCCUACCAGAUUGGGGAGAAGGGGGCAGUGAAGGUUCUCUACCUCGAGGACCCUCCUGGCCUUGGUUGUGACAGCGAGAGGGCCGAGGGGGUGAUCAGAGAGGGUGAUGCAGAGGCGGAGGAGGCCAAGAGUCUGGGCUUUAACCCAGACGCUCAGGUGUUUGUGCCAAUUGGAAGCCAGGCGUCUCCCACCCUCAUGCCGGCGCUCUCUAACUCUCCCACACCUCUGUCGGCCCCGUCCUGCCCCGGUCUCUUCAGUUACCCCAGCUCAAGCACGCCCACCGACCCCGCCGCCCACUCCUCAAACACCUCCUCCCCUUCUCCUCCCAGCGGCGGGCUGCCCUACCUCUCCGCUCAGCAGCCGCCCUCCGCUCUUCCCGCGGCCCGUCCUCAGCCCAUCACAUUCACCACCGCCAGCUUCGCCGCCACCAAAUUCGGCUCGACCAAGAUGAAGAAGUGCAGCGGGGCCGGGUCGGCGGCUAGCUCCGGGGCCGCCAUACCGCCCACCCAGAGGAUGCUCACCCGCUCUCCCACCACCAUCUCGGCACCAGAUCUGCUCAAGCACAAGCCCCUGUCUCUCUCCUUGCACUCCCUCGUAGGUCCCAUCGCCAGCCAGCUCUCCCCCAACGCCAAAGAGUUCGUCUACCCAGGAUCCCCGGGCCCCCUUUACUUUGAUGCUGACACCCAGCCCAUGCAGCCUCUUGCUAGCCCGUUCCAACCCCUCAACACCCAUCCGUCCUUUGACCCCUUCUCCAGCCCUCCCCCUGCCCAGAGUGUGGGCAUCAUUGGCAGCAACGGAGGGAUCCCCUACAUGGAGAAGCCGCCAUUCGUCGAGGGUUUAGGAAGCUACAACCUGCAAUAUCCCAGCCAGUCCUUCCAGCCCGUUGUGCUGGCCAACUAAGCCUUCAUUUGUUACGGUAACAAUUGUUGUAGGAGGAGGUGGGUUUGGACAAUGAUGCUCCAGAUCUUUUCAUUUUUUUCUAAGAAAUUGUUCUAAUACUAAUACAAGUUAAUAAUUUGUUUUACUACAAAGAUUUAAAAAAAUACCCCGUCCACUGAGUAACUCACAUGAUUGGUUUUGUUCCUCCAUUAGCCCCAACCCCUCACCCUGCCCUGUAGUCCGUUACUGUUCCUCAUCACGUUCUGUGUGUCUGCUUUGACAGGAGUGGGUAGGAGGGGGAGGGGGGGGUUUCUUCUACCUUGAGUCGUUGCCAAUCGCUUUAUUUUUUUGCAUUGAAUGUUAAUGUGAGGGACCUUUUUUUCUUUUUCUUUUUUUGGACUUGUUGUUUAAUGGACCCGGCUCUAGUAUAGCUCCAUUUUGCACUGCACUGUCAUGCUGUGAAAAAAGGACCUCGCCAAGUCCUGCAGGGAGCGACGGCUGUGGAAAAGCUCAGCACUUUGCUCUGCAAUCUGCUCUGCCCUACUUGCAACAAAUACAGAGAGGGGGGCUCUGCUGUCUCUGUGUGUGUGUGUGUGUGUAUAUGUGUGUAUGUGUGUAUGUGUAGUCCUGCUCUGUUUUGUUGUGGCUCAGCGUGAUGGAGACACUCAUUGUUUGUACGGUGGGCCCGUUCCCCUUGAAAGGCACUCGUGCGCACGCACAAUUUGACUCUGGUGUUGUCACCGGGCGUAUAUCGGAGGCAGUUUAUCGUCAGCAGGAAUGAGUACAUGACAUGAUUUUAAAUGAAGUGAGAGCAGUGGAGGGAGCAGAAAGAGAGCAUCGGGUUGUUGAGGCGAUGUGAUGUAGUAGAAUGUGUUGUAUCUGUCAGGGGGAAACUGCAGCCGGGGAAGGUCAGGGAGACCUUGGUGAAUGUGGGAAAAACAAGUAUAUCUCUGUAUUUUAAGAUGACGGCAAUGCGCUGAUACCUCAAUCAUACAGACUGGGAUGCAAGUUAUGGUUUCACACAUGUAUUCAAAUGGACAGACACACAGAAAUAUGCGCACAAAUGCACAAUUCCAGUCAGCAGUGUGUGUGUGUGUGUGUGUGUGUGUGUGUGUGUGUGUGUGAAGGUGAAGAGGCGUCGGGGAUGCAGCAGUUAAGCAGUAGGGAUUGUGAUAAAUGGCUUAGCAUGACUUUGACUAUGAAGGAGAGGCUUUCCUCUGCAGGAAGGGGAGAGAGGGAGAUGAGAGAGAGAGAAGGGAAGACUGAAGGAAACGAAUGGGGGAGAGAGACGCAGCCGGAGGGUUCUGUUGCCUCUGUGGCUACCAGGCUGUACUAGUGGAGAUAGCGACACUUUAAAACCCGGAACACGUUUCUGGUGAGCUUAAAUGGAAUUGAAGCCAAAGGCUCACACUAUUCUCUCCCUCCUCUUGAGAUUCUUCAGUGAUCUGUGGCUGUUCACAACGAAAAACCUGAAUCAUACAGUUCAGGUUUCGCUGUCUCUUUUCCCCCCCGUUAUGUGAACAAAGAUGCAAAGGUGAAUGUUCUUCACUGGUCCGUAGCUUUUGUCGCUUUAUUGGAUAGCUUGUCAGAUCUCUGGAAGUCUGCUGUUCCUAACAAUGGUUUGUUUACCAGCCGUGUCCAUGUGAUUGUCGGUUAGUCACUGCAGGGAAGGGUAACUCUCAGAUGUCAGUUUGAGCUGUCCAGCACUUUAUUACUGGGCUCCCGAGGCUGAGCGUCGCCCACAGACAAGAGCGCUUACACCAUUCCUUUGCCCCUCUGUUUGGAAAUGGCACAUUAUAUUCAGCUAUCAUGAAAUGCUUUAGAGAUUCAAACAGGAGCUUAAUUUGUAUUCAGGUGCAUCACACUGGUGAGGAGGUGCAGUUAUUCUUGUACGUUUAUUUGAAUGUUUUCAAGUCAAUGUCUUUUGUACAAGAAGACCCAAGGACCCUUGACUUGUGCUCACGCUGGUUGUGCAAUGUGACAACUCGUCAUAUGCAUGCAAGUUAGUUUUUUUUUUUCAAGGGGAAUGGGUGGAGACGCACACAUCUCUCUAAAUGUUAUGAUUGUGAGGGGAAAGAUGCAUUAAUAGUUUUAUGUUUUGUAAUUUAUUUCCAAUAUUUCUAUAUUUUUGUUUUUGCAAAAGGAUCACUUACAUUUGUAUGAGUAAGACAUGACAAGUCCAGGAAUAUGUAUAUACAAAGUUCUUAUGUUCAGAACCUUUGUUUAGUUUCUUACAUGCUGAGGUUAUUUUUCCAGAAAAUAACAUGAAUAUAUAUGCAAACUGACACAAAAAUAAAGAUGUACAGAAUAAAGUAUUGAAUGUGUAUUGUACCUUGUGCAGCAUUUUGUCUAAUAAGACGGGUAAAUGUAUUCGUUCUUCAAGUUGGAUUUGAUGCUAAAGAUGUGAAUGUUUACAGUGGGUUUGUGUAGGAGAAGAUGGCUGAUAUCACUUUUUUUUUUCUUGUGGUCCCAGGGCAUUUUGAAAACCUUAAUCCCAGAGGCAGUCCAUUCAAACCAAAAAUCUCCACAUUUCAGAUUUCAUUUUUCAGUGCAAUGUCCAAUUCCCCCUUUUUUUAUGUGGAUAUUCCUGCUUAUUUUCUCCCCUGAAUAACUUUCCAUUACUGUUUUUGUUUUUUGAAUAACUCCCCUGUUUUUGUCUGUGCUACUAGAGGAGCUAAAACCAGAUAUAUUUUGACCUCCCUCAUAUUAUUUAUAUCCCACCUCCAUUCUUUUUCAGUGGGUUCUCUUCUCCCCACCAGCCUGGUCCUUUGGUCCUGAUACUAUAGCCAUAUCCCAGACUGUCUUUGCUUACACAGAUGCUCACCCUUCUCCAGUGCAAUGUAAUGCCAUAAUUUAAAAUUACCCUGAAGGAUUCAAGGGGUCUCUACCUCUCUGCACCCGGGAAUUAAAAAAAGAAAUAAAAAAUAUCCAGUAUAUCUCCUCUUUAGGAAGACAGUGUUACGGCAGUUUCAGAAGGAUGAAGGAAAUGAAUGUGAUCUGAUGUUAGUCAACCCUGGUUGAGAUGGCCUGUGUAAAAGAAAUGAGGCUCAUCCUUUUUGUGUGUUUUUAAAGAGAUUUUUAAUCUCAUGCAUGUCCAAAAAGUCCAAGUGACAGCUUUUUUUGUGUUUUCUAUAUUUGUCAGAUAAUUCUGAACAAACGAGGUGUGUUAAAUUUCAUCUGCGUACAAGUCAAGCUCUUGAGGUGAGAGCUCUAUGGAUAUGAGGGAUAACUGUAAAAGCUGUUUGUCCCUCGCAUCUUUUAAGAGUAAUUGCUGGUUUGUUUAACACUUGAAAAGAACACAUUACUGUUUUAAACAUGCAGCAAAUCGACUCCAAACGCAGGCUAUUCCACAAUCAGGGUUGAACAUCAAUGAAGGGGAAAAACAAGAAUUUUGUAUUCUGAUGUCCUUUUGCUUAUAUUGAUGUGUGCGUUUUAUUUUGCACUUUGGAAUAUUUCAUUGUCAUAAAAGAAGUUUAUUUUCUAUGUAAAAUUUAACAUUUAAGAUUAAAAUAGAUAUAAUUAAAAGUUCAGAUGUAUAAAUAUAGUGCUUUCUUUCCUGCCUGUAUUUUAUUAUUUUUCCUAUUUUGUACCUGAUCUGUACACCCUGUAGAUGUGUAAUGAAUCUUUCACUACUGAAAUGCAAUGACCUGUUUUCUGUGCUGCCCCCCUUCCCCCCCCACCCCCGGGAAUGGGGAGU